UUAAGCUAAACAUGUCAUAUUAUUCCCAGUUAAAUAUUUCUACUAAAAAUCUUAUAUUAAUUUUCUCCAUAUUAAUAAUUACAGUAUUUUAUAUCAUAAUAAACACAAAAUUGUAUUAUCAAGAUCCGUCUAAAUAUUUUUAUUAUAACGACACCGGUCACAAAAUUGAUUGGAGCUCUGUUUCACGAGAUAGAGUUAACCCAGAUACAGAAAAAUACGUUGAAGAAAACACGUUUCAAGAAGAUCUGGGAUUUCAACCCGUCUCUGACGAUGGGCUGUACGUUUACUCAGUUUUCUUCGGGAACCAAAAUACAAGAAAGUUGAUAAUAAUUGGGAUCGAUAAAUCCAUUAAGAAGAGGAAACUCUUAUGCGAAUUUUACCAAAAUUCCACCAGUGUGUUGCCCAAUUCUCAAACAAACGCGACCAAACGGAACUCCGCGGAUGGAUACAACACUGGCUUAAAAUACUGCCCAAUAUUUAUUGACUGCGACAUCCCGGAAGAGAUUCAGCAUCCAAAUUAUGUCUCAAUAAAUACCAUCGAUACGCCCUCCAACUACUCUAGAAAUCUUUUGAAAGUCCACGAUACUCCGGAAUUCCCAAUCUACAACAUUUCCGCCUGCCUCCAGCCAAUUUACACUAAUGAGAAUGUGACCACGAUAAAUCCGCUGAGAUUAAUUGAGUGGUUAGAAUUCCAGUUAAUGAUGGGAGUCCAACACUUCACGUUUUACAAUAUAUCAGCAAACCCAAUAAUUUCAAAAGUUUUGAAAAGUUACAAAGAAGUGUCCAUCCUUCCAUGGAACAUCCCGUUCAUCUUGCCUAACGAAAUUCGCGCCAGAGGCCAAUUUAUCCAAGCUAACGAUUGUUCUCAUCGACACCGCGGAAUCUCAAGGUUUGUCGUGACGCUGGAUUACGAUGAAUUUUUAAUUCCCCAUCAAAAUAUUUCCGAUAAUUUUAUUUCCCUGUUUGAACACAUCUUGGACCUGGACGAAAUAAAAAAUGGUGACAAAUUAAUCACGAGCAUCCUGUUUCGAGCAGAUUUUUCCUUUACUACGUGGCCAAUGGGAGCAAAUUUAUCGUCACAACUUUACGACACGAAUUUUCUAGGGGUGCCAACUAUGACAAAUUUCAUUCAGAGCCAACAAGCCAAAUUUGUCCAACUACCCGAAAAUGUAGUAGAAUCCGGAGUUCAUUUUGUAAUGGAAGGCGUCCCUGGUUCGAGACAAUACGUCGCUGAAAGGAAUUUCGGACGUUACCUGCAUUUUCGCGAGUGUACGGAAUUCUUUCAAAAGAGAAAUCCUACCUUACCAAAUAAUCAGACUUGUAAUCCUGGCGCGUCUUUUGUCGAAAAUUUCGAUGCCGUGGACCGAUUUGCGGAGAAGAUUGUGACGAGAGUGGAUAAAAAGGGUUACAUACUUAUUGCCAUGACCCUACGAAAGGAAUUAUUCGCAUUCGCCCUGGUGGUCGCUUUAAUCAUCAGCUUGGGUACCACCACAGCCUGUUUCAGUGAACAUAGGAACGAUUUUCAACACCGCGGUAUUGGUGCAAUGGUUACAAAGUCCGUAGACCUUAAGUGUACGGGUGGCUCGCACUACUCCAAACAUUUGGGUAGGUGUGUUACAUCCGAAAAUUUUGGUAGAAAUAUGGUCGGAUAAUUUCAAAGUUUGAUUCAUACCUAAUCAGCAAAUAAACUUACUUAUGAACAUGAAGUUUAAAA